AUGUCAUCACAAUUCCAUCCGAAAUUUGAUGAGCUUCAAUGGGUCAUUCAGAUCCGUCGUACCCUCGAAGAAGAGAUUGAUCAGGACUACGGCGAAGUCCCCGCCGUAUGCAUUUUCAAUGUCCCCAAAGCACUUCUGGCUACUCAUCCAGAUUCUUAUACCCCACAACAAGUUUCUCUCGGUCCUUAUCACUAUUGCCGCCCGGAGCUCUUUGAGAUGGAAAGGUGUAAGCUAGCAGCGGCGAAAACCAUUCAAAAGCAUUUCCAAAGCCUUAAGUUCCAAAAUCUCGUUGACCAAUUGAUAAAGUUUGAGCCAAGGAUCCGAGCAUGCUAUCAUAAGUACUUGCAUUUCAAUGGCGAAACGUUAGCGUGGAUGAUGGCCAUUGAUGCAUCCUUCUUGCUUGAGUUCCUUCAAAUUUACGCCAGCAAAGAAGGAAGAGUUUCCUCUAGGAUGUCACACUUUGUGGACAAUGCAAUUCUGAGAGAUAUGGUAAUGCUCGAGAAUCAAAUUCCUUUAUUUGUAUUGAGAAAGAUAUUAGAAUUCCAAUUCUCAUCACUAGACUCUGCCGAUGAUACCUUGUUUUCAAUGUUAAUGGGGUUAUGCAAAGAGCUUUCACCCUUCAACUUGAUCAUGGAAGACCUCCCAAAGAUUCAACUAGUCUCAGAAAUCGCCCACUUGCUAGACUUUUUGUACCACAUGAUCGUGCCUAAAAUGGAAGAGCCAUCGGAAAUCUUUGAACUUGACGUGCAUGGUAAGGACAAAUCUUCUGCAGACUCAAAUUACGUAGAAAAACUCCUGCAUGAGAUUUCGAAGCUACUUUCAAAAUUAAACCGCGGCCCAAUACGUGUCGUCAAGGAGGUAAUAAUAUCUAGAGCAGUAAAAUUCAUCCUAAAAUUUCCUUUGACAAUCCUCUCUAACCUUCCCGGAUUCGCAAUCUUAAAGCAGCCCGUAGAGUAUUUAUUUUUCUUUCAAAAUAAAGAAGAACACAAGCCUGAAAAUGACAUUAGCAGAUCGCCAUUGGUAGAGGAAAUCACAAUCCCUUCUGUGAGUGAUCUCUGGAAAUCCGGGGUCCGUUUCUUACCCACAAAGGGUAGCAUCUCAGCCGUUGCUUUUGACAUAAAAACCUCCACAUUUUACCUUCCCACCAUUGCUUUAGAUGUUAACACAGAGGUGGUUUUGAGAAACUUGGUAGCAUAUGAAGCUUCGAAUGCAUCAGGGCCGUUGGUUUUUACGCGUUACACUGAAUUAAUGAAUGGGAUUAUUGACACUGAGGAGGAUGUGAAAAAACUUAGAGAAAAAGGGAUCAUUUUGAACCGUUUGAAGAGCGAUGGAGAGGUGGCAAAUCUGUGGAAUGGAAUGAGCAAGUCUAUCAGAUUGACAAAAGUGCCAUUUUUAGACAAGGUGAUUGAAGAUGUGAACAGGUACUACAGUGGCAGAUGGAGGGUUAAAGUUGGAAAAUUCUUGAAGCUUUACGUUUUUGAGCCAUGGCAGUUUCUCACAUUGCUCGCUGCAAUUUUGCUCUUGCUCUUGAUGACAUUGCAAGCGUUUUGCUCUAUUUAUAGCUCCACCCGCAUACUUCCAGUCAAGACCACACAGUGA